AAUUUUCAUCCUCCUCUCAUUUUUCCCCACUUUUCAUCGUUUUUAAAAGUCUUCAUCUAUUAGUACAGGGUGGACCAAAAACCGCGUGCAAUUUUACAAACUCUCUUGCGUUUGAACGUUGCGAGAGGGAGCUGCGCGCGUGGUGGGGAUGAGUAACUAGGUUCUCGGAAAUUUACUCGCUUCAUUCGGCGUUCGUUUCGACGCGAGUGAGGUUGGAUUACACGACUUUCAAAAUCAACAAUCUGUCACCGUAAAUUCUAAUCGAUACAUAACCCUGUUGAGAGAUCUUUUCUGCAAAAAUUUGAAAUCUAUAAUCGUACGAGAUGGUUUCAACAAAAUGGCGCGACACGUCAUACUUCUAAUGCCUCUUCGGCGGUCGUAAACCAAGAAACUGAUAUCUCGCCAAUACAUGGCCGCCUAGAAGCCCCGACCUAACACCACCGGAUUUUUUAAUAUCAUCAACAAAAAGUGGCAACUAUUCCCCGCGAGUUUUUACCUAUUUGAGAUCUAUGUUCGAGGAAUUUUUGCACACCUGGAUGAUAUUAUUUUCAAAAAAUUAAUUUCCAUGAUGUAUAUUUCAAAUAAAAUAAAAAAUUAUAACUGGAUUAUUUAUAGUUUUUUUCAUUAUUAUUUUUCUAAAUUCGCAAAACUUCUGGCCCGCCCUGUAUUUCGAAUCGUAUCGUGACAUCCUGUAUAUCCAUUUUGCGACAAUUAUUGGUAGUAUUUUUCAUACCGAACAAAUAUUUUAAUUUCGUUAAUUACGCAAGAAACUGGUGAUAGCAAACGCAAAUAACACUUCGUUCGCAACCUUUAUAAUUCGCGUUACCUUGAUUAAGUCACCGCAUAAAAUAAUGUGAAAAAAACCGUAUAUGUGAAAAAAAAAAAAUGCCCGUCUAUUUGGAAUUCCAGAAGAUCAAGUUUAAAGACCCUACGACGUUGUUGAAGAUUGUGGUGGUAAUUCACUAUUUAUUAUCAGUACUUGGUGCCAUAGGUAGUUUUAACCCAUUCGUAUAUUUAUUUUACAAUUUCGUUGUAAUAUUUCUAUUAAUAUGGAGCAUAUAUGGAAAAAAUGACGAACCUUUAAAAUUGGCUAUUGUUAUAAAUAUGUGCUCAAUAAUUUUAGACGCUUUAUAUAUAGUAGCACUUGCAGAUGAUUUAUCAGGUUUUAGAAAUUCUUUAUCAGCUGCUGCUUCGCUUAUACACUUAAUUUUUAGACCUUUCAGCAUUUUACUUUUGAUAAAAAAAGAGGAAAAACGAAAUAUUCCUAUUGAUACUGUUUGUUCUAGAGAAUCCGGAUAGAGAAACUCAAACUGUGGAAAAUUACGAUUUUCCGACCUUUAAGAAAAAUAAACUAGUCAUAUCUUAAUAAUUAGUGAUAAAAAUGAGAUUUUCUACAGGUGGCUCACAAAAAUGUACUUGCUCACGUUCCAAAUGAAAGUUUCCAUAAUCAUCAAUCAUUUUGAAUCAUUUCUGCAUUUAUGAGAUACAGAGUUGUCAAAAUGAUCAUAAGUUUGUGUAAGUGAUUUGAUCAGAAAAAAAAAAGAAUUUGUACAAAUUUUGAAGGAAAUAAAACACUAGUAGUAACAAAAAA